GUGUGGGAAAACAUCAGGGUACUCGCGGAGAUGCCUACAGAAAAAUAUGCGUUUGCAUAAAGUCCCGGGCCCUGCUUAUGAUACACCAUGUUUUUUUACACCCCAGUGCGCUUUAGCUUGGACUUUAGUAUAAGCUUGCAAUCUGGAUGUUUACCAACGUGGUCAUUCGUAGUUGAGCUCGAUGACCGGAUUGCUGUGACUGAAACUUAUUGUUGAUGUUCAUGAUCAGAAGAUGUGCUCACAAACGUACAUCCUGCCUAAUAUGGACGAGGCGAGCACUACGCCGUGCAAGGCCUCCUUGUUUGGUGCCAGUCACGUGUCCUUGCCCCUGGAAGACGCCCGAGAUGAGACGUCAGUGUUCCUGCGGUUUCGAACGGGUCGCUCGGAUGCCAUCUUGUUUUUGGCAGCUGGUCCAGACGACUAUUGUCUAUUGGCCCUGGAAGCUGGAGCCCUCAAGGUGCGCAUUGAACUGGGAGCUGGUGAAGCCACACUGUUCAGUUCCAAAGGUUUGCGGCUCGAUGAUCAGAUAUGGCAUCAGGUAGCGUUGGAAAGGCGGGGAACUGAGGUGAUCCUAUUGGUGGACCAACUGCACGAGACCCAGACUACACUGCCUGGACAUUUCAUGCAGUUGGACGUCAAGUGGGGAAUCUUCGUUGGAGGCCUCGGAGACUUUGAUGACAUUUUCCUCGGUCACAUGGAAAACUUUCGAGGUUGCAUAGCAGACGUCAUGUUCAACGAUGUUGACGUCAUGGAAAUGGCUUCAUCAUCUCCAGAAGCUUCGCUGGAUGUCACUUGGGGAGUCUGCAGUGAGGAGUUCCUGGCAACGCAUGACCGAGCCAUUAGCCUCAUUGACUCAGACGCAUUCGUAGCCUUUCCUUGUUUGAGCGCUAGGACAGGCGGCGGCAUAUCGUUGGAACUGCGAACCCAGUCAGAAUUUGCCUUGGUGCUCUACAAUGCUGGUCCAGCUGCCAUGGAUGACUUUGUUGCUUUGGAAAUUGUAGAAGGGCGUCCCAUCGCAUCCAUCAACCAGGGGAAUGGGGUUGUCAGCGUGGAGAGUAAGCGGACAGUAAGCGAUGGCUCAUGGCAUCGGGUGAGUCUCCACUUCAGCCCUACGCACAUAGAGCUCACAGUGGAUGACUCUUCGGAAACACUUCGAACGGGUUUGGGUCACAACCAGUUCUUCGAUCUAUCCGGGUUACUUUACAUGGGUGGCGUCGACCUCAAUGGAAGAUCACGUGCCAUCAACCAGCAUGGACUUCAGGUUGAGACGUCACUAGAAGGCUGUCUACGUUCCAUCCACGUGAACGAUGUCCUGCGAGGACUUCCCGACGUAAGGGUGACACGAGGGAUUCUGCCAGACUGCCAGUGGGAAUAUCCCUGCCAAAGGUCUCCAUGUGUUCCUCCAGCACACUGCACACAGCACGGCUUGGAUGGAUUCCGUUGUAUCUGCGAUGGACAGGACGUGUGCGUACGGGACAAUUCGACAUCGCUCAUGCCACCACCACGAGAAGUGUUAGCCUUGACGCCACUGCACGUAGCUGAAGGUGGCAGUGACCUCGUGUCAACAGAACACAUUCGUGUUCAGCUGGACUAUAACGAAUAUGGCGUCUCGGAUUUCGGGGUUCUCUUCCACGUACUGGACCCGCCAAAGCAUGGCAUACUCGAGAUCGAAGUCUGGCACCGUGAUGUGGCUGAUUCCGUUUUCACAUUGGCUGAUUUGGCUACUAAUAAGGUCCGUUACACCCACGAUGGCUCCGAGGAGCACCGGGACUCAGCUGCUUUGGAGCUCGAAUUUCGAUCGAGAAGUUUCCGUCUACCUGCCUUUCUCGAAGAACGCUAUCAAUUUCUGCUCCAUAUCGUCAUUUCACCGGUCAACGAUGCUCCCAGAGUCAAAGUGGCUCCUGGAAAGGUCCUUCGACUCGCAAAAGGUACUAAAAAGGUCUUAACUGCGGACCUUCUCGAGACGGCUGACGACGACACGAGUCCGUCGGAGCUUGUGUACACUGUCCUCAACCUGGGAGAGCCUGAUGUGCACGGUUACCUGGAGCACUCUAAUGCCAUUGGAAAGUCCAUAGAAACAUUCACGCAGGAAGACAUCGACAACAGGCACAUCAGUUAUGUCCACCAAGGAGAGACAGAAGGCCGAUUGGCCCUUCGAGUGUCAGAUGGUGUCGAAGCUGGUCAGACGGUAGUGCUACGUGUGAAAGCAUUUGACCUAACACUGUCCAUGAUCAACAACACGGGAGUCAUUCUUGCUCAUGGGGCCUAUUCUGUCAUAUCCACCUGGAACCUGUCCUUCGUAACCAACGCUCCAGACCAGAACCUUGAAAUUCGCUUUGAGGUAACAGAUGCCCCUCACCAAGGCAGCGUGCAACGGCUAAAAUCCAAUGGCCGUUGGAUGGCAGUCACUCACUUCACCCAGCGGCAUAUCAACCGAGGAAAGUUACGAUAUGUGCACACGAUGGGAGGAAGACCCGAAGGAGACCUUUUUCGUUUCAGCACCUCCUGCUCUGGUGUACAGGCUGUGGGAGCUCCAUUCGAGUUCCUCAUCUCUUUCCGGUCAUUGCUAUUGCAGGUCUUACAAAACCAUGAACUGACAAUUGAUGGACUUUUGGAAGGCAUUGUGGAUGCGGAGCACCUCAGCUAUGGUACGGAGCCUCUGCCCACACCACCAGACGCCAUCGUGUACACUCUCGAACAAGCACCACACUUUGGAAGCCUUACCCUAAGCCAUAGAGAAGGUUCAGAAGCUUUGCACGUGGGUGACCAGUUCACGCAACUGGACAUUGACAACCACAAAUUGGUGUACAAAUUACACCGUCGGUCCUAUGCAACCCUUGCCGAUGAGUUUCGUUUUCGAGUAGAAAUCCCCGGUGGAGCUGUCGUCUUACGAGAGCAGGCCUUCAAGGUGUGUCACGUGCCUCGAGACUCCACGGCAGUUAUCUUGAAUGAAAAGAUGACACUGCUCGAAGGCGAAGAAACGCCAGUCACCAAGCUGCAUGUUUUACUAGAGGAAUCAUCACAUGUCACCUUCAAUGUCACAAAUGCGCCAAAGCACGGUGAACUUCGUCUCCUUGAUAAGGAUCUUAAGGAAGUGGUUUCCCGGUCGCCUACCAGCUUCACAGCAGAGGACGUAUCUGCAAAGCGUCUCGUCUAUCGUCAUGAUGACUCUGAGAAUGACCGAGACUCUUUUGACUUCAUUGCGUACGAGACGGGAAGCAAUGAGGACCGAGUCUACCAUGGAACAUUCCACGUGUCUAUCAUCAUGAAAAAUGAUAAUCCUCCUGUUCGCAUCGUCGACAGAGUCUUUCACGUCGUGGCUGGUUCGGAACGACCCCUCACGGCGAAGGACUUGAAGUAUGAAGACGCAGACCUUGGCUCGAAGCCCUCAGAUAUCCAAUACACGAGGCGGACGAUACCGAACGGGAUGCUCUUUCAUGCAGACAACAUGAAUGUUCAGGUGUACCAGUUUACGCAAGAGGACAUUGACAAAGAGAAGAUAGUGUUUAGACACAGUGGGCCAGAGUACAGCAGGGCUGUGUUGUGGAUAACAGAUGGACAGUAUUAUGCGUCUGGAGUACUUGAGAUCCAAGCAUCCAAGCCCUUUCUCAAGAUUUCAAGAAACACUGGUUUGCUGGUACGAGGUGGAGAAACGGCUCAGUUGUCCUCAGCCAACCUGUCUGUGGAGACCAACGUACAAGCAUCACUGGAGAGCCUUGCCUACAAGGUGACCUCACAUCCACGGCAUGGAGUUGUUCUAGUGCAUGGAAGGGAGGCUCGCCAGUUCAGCCAGGCGGAUCUAGACAGUCAAGCCGUGGAAUACGAGAGCGAGGACCAUCCAGAAAUGACUGGAGGAUACCAGGAUGCCUUUCAAUUCAUCGCUUACUUAGGAGAUACCAUUUCAGCUCCGGGAACGUUCAUCUUUAGUGUGUAUCCAGACAGCUUCUGGGAACCCCUGCAAGUUCUGCAGAAUAAGACUCUAUUCGUUGACGAAGGAAGCACUGCAACAGUGGAUGCAACCAUUCUGGAAGUAACCCAUCCUGAUGUAGAUCCAGGCAACAUCACCUUCACAGUAACUGAGCUUCCUCUGCACGGCCAGCUACAGCUACAAGAGAGACUAUGUUCGACAUUCGCACAAUCUCAAAUCAGUGCAGGUCUCUUACGGUACGUCCACACUGACAAGAAUGGAAGCAGAGAUACCAUUCUCUUUGACGUUACCAAUGGCAUCACGACUGUGUCCUCACUUGGAUUGAGCAUACGCGUGGUUCCUCAGGUGCUGCUUCUCCAAGCGGGGAACAUAACCGUCGCCGAAGGUGGUCAGACAGUCCUCACCAGUUCUGCCGUGUCUAUGGGUCUGUUUGGCGAGCUUCUCAGUGAGCUUCUGGUCAUUGAACCACCGAAACACGGACAGCUCAGUGCUACUGCCUUUGCUCCGAGUGCAUUGGCUGCCGGAGUUCUCCACUACCAACAUGAUGGCAGCGAGACGUCGCGCGAUUGGUUCACGUUAGUCGCACGUGGUCCUGGUGCUCGUGAAAGUUUGCCGGCUACAGUUCAUAUCAAGGUUGACCCUGUCAAUGACGAAGCGCCGUACGUAGCCAAUAAUACUGGCUUGGAUCUCUGGGAGGGAGCAGUUGCUGUCAUAUCGGCAAAGCAUUUAGCGGCCUUGGACGACGACUCACAACCUGAAGAGCUAACGUUCACCAUAUCCACUCCCAGCAAUGGCUAUGUGGCACUCAAUAACGAUUCCAGAAGUCCCAUCCUCACUUUCACGCAGGAGAUGAUCAACAGAGCUGUCGUGCUCUUUGUUCAUACUGGGUCAGCUGCGGGCGGCUUCAAAUUCCAAGUAAGUGAUGGGGUCAACAAGGACUCACCACACAUCUUCACAGUCAACGCUCGUCAUUUAGAAAUCACCCUAGAACAUAACAAGACACUGAGUGUCCUUCCACGAACCCAGCAAUCCAUCACACGUGACCACCUGCUGGCCACUUGCAGUGACCAUAGCCGCGAAGUUACUUACGUUGUUGUCCGUCCUCCACGUCUUGGACGCCUGCUUCGUGAGAACAAGGAUGGAUCUCUGACACCCCUCGCUCGGUUUACACAAGCUGAUGUUGACAACUACCUCGUCCUCUACGAACACACAGAACACAUGUCAGGUGUCGACGCUCAAGACUCCAUCUUUCUCGACGUCGAAACUGUCAACGCUACGCCUCUCAAAGGAGUCACUUUUGGUAUCCGGAUAACGUUGGGAGACUUAGGUUCACGAUCCUUAGAUUCAUUAGUGCGGUUAGAAACGCCAAUAGUUGAAGAAGGAGGCGUUGUCGCUGUAGACACAAUAGAUGUCUCGAGCCUUCUAGACCUCUGGCAAGGGAGAGAUGAUUUUGCAAAGAGGCUCAGGAUUUGUGUCACGUCAAUGCCCAGCCGAGGUUGGCUUCAGCUCAACGGCGACAAUUACACUGGGUGCUGUAGCCCGGAAGUGCUCAAGCAGGGACGACUUCUUUAUACCCACGAUGGUUCAGACACAAUGGAGGACUUGUUCGGCGUCGGAAUCUACAUCGCUGGCGCUAAUGGACAACCGGAGGUCUCAAUAUACAACGGAACAGUGCGCAUUCAAGUAUUGCCAGUCAACGAUCAACCAUUCCAUCUUACAACACCCAAGCCUCGUAUUGAAGUCGUCAGAGGUUAUAGGACAUUGCUAAUGCGUAAUGAUGUGUUCACUGAAGACUUGGAUGAUGUGCCUUCAGACUUGGUCUAUGAACUGGAUAAGAGACCAAAUCACAUUCAUUUCACUGUUUUGAAUCAAGUUCGGGUGCAUAAUUUUACACAGAAAGACAUAGAUGAUAAUAAUGUGUAUGUCGUCCACGAUGGAUCAACCAACUCGGACGCAGUGGAACUGUUUGUUGGAGACGGAGUUCACGGGGUGUCACACUUUGUCCUGCAGGUAGACAUUGUUCCUGUGCAAAUUGAAGUGGUGAACGCAAGCACUUUGACCAUCAUUCAGGGUAGUACAAGUGCGGUUAUGUCACCGGAAGUGAUAGGAGUAUGGACCAAUGGAGACAGAGAUACUCUGGUGUAUAAUGUGACAUCACCUCCCAAACGAGGCAGUUUAGUUUUCAACGACAGGGGCACAGUGAACUUGUUUGUGCAAAGGGACAUAGACGAUGGUCUAGUUACUUAUGAGCAGGACGAUCUUUCAGUGGCUGAUGAUUCCUUCGUGUUGUGCAUAUCAAAUGCACCCGAUGCAGUGCUUGUAGGCCAUGUAGUUAACGUGAGUGUCAGAGCAUUAGUGCGACAGAGAAUGCUGGUAUUGCAACCCGGCCUGUCUGCGCUCAUCACUGCAGAUUUCCUCGAUGCGUCAAAGCUGGCAGCACAGACUAACAGCAACCCCCGAUAUGAAAUCACCCAUCCACCGCACCUUGGAUCUAUUCGGCGUGCUGAUAAACGAACCCAGCGAGCUGUUACUUAUACUCAAGUCACUUCAUUCUCUCAUGAAGACGUCAUCAACGAGACCAUCUCGUACAAGAGCCAGCUCAGGCUCACUCAAGACACAGAAGAUAGUUUUGAUUACCUCCUGUACGCUCCGGGAGUGCAACCAGGUCAAGGUCGCUUCUCCAUCACCCUGACACCACCUAGACGACCUCCGUCAACCACAGCAGCAACAAAGGAGCAACAGACAUCUACAGCACGACCAACAGGGCCAACAGUUGUUGAGCCGGGCCCUCUGCUCCUUACUAAUGAGCAUCUACUCGCGAUAGCAGCAGGAGCAGGCGUUCUACUCCUAGCAGUCUUAGCUGUAGUUGUCCUUCUACUUUGUGGAGCCAAGCGAUCCAAGACGCCCAAGAAAAGAGAGCCUCAACCUCAGCGCGCAGUCCUCAUGGACGACGUUCCAGCUUCAACUCCGCCGGCUGUGCCGCCGACUUCUCCGUCUAGCACAAGCAGCGAACAGAGAGACUUUGACUCUCUGCCGCCACCCUACGCGGGGGUUGAAAUCAGUCCUGCAGUGCCCACGUGCAAGGUGACUCCAUUGGGACGGGAAGCUGCAGCUUAUGGUCUGCCUUCUUCAGACGCGACCAGCGAGAGUGAAGAAUGGAAUGACCAUGCGGGAGGUUUUGCUGCACCACCUACUACUGUGCUCAGGAAGAAUCAGUACUGGGUGUAAACACAUCAUGGUCUGCUUCAGUGUUUCAUUGUGCCUGAAACGCAGUGCUCAAGAAACGUCUUCUCUUGCAGGUUCUCAUGGACACUCCUCGCGAUACAUCUAUUUUUCUGCAUGUCAUCUUCCAGAUAUAUGUGAUGCUCUGUUGUCAAUCCUGGUUCAAUAUGUCAGUUUCUGCAUUUCAAGGUCGACACAUGUUGACGCUAGUACUUACUUACUUACUACAUCUAUUUAAAAUUAUGCUGUAUGUAGCGCACUCUUCUCUUUUUACCAAAAUUGAAGCCCAAUGAAGUUGUCGCCAAACACUUUACAGGAUACAGUGCGGUCGACUAGUAAGCAAAAAUUGCAUUUCUAGGGCGAGGGUACAGAUAUCACCUGUUUUAUAUGAUAAAAUCUAAAUGAAUGCAUUCGGGAUUUGUCCUACAAAUAACAGCACCUUUGGAGUAUCCUUGAUUUUUCUUUGCUCAAAUGGAACUACCUUGAAGAUGCAGAGCCCUUGUGCAAAAUUGAUAGACCUAUCAGGUCAUUCCAGUAACACAUACGUAUAAUUAUAGCUAUAAUUUGUGGCUUUACACAGGAGGGAUCCUAUGGAAAGUUUACAUGAAGGCAUUUUCCUUUUUCUCAAAUGCCCUACCACAGGUAUGACCUCCGGCCACGCCACUGAGUCAUUCGAGUGCCCACAAGAUGUCUUCCUCUAGUGUACAGCUUGGGACAAAAGUUCACCCAACACCGGGGUGUCGCAUUUUUCCAUUGGAGCGACACCCUAGCAGCAAACAGAAGCGGACGCACAUACUGAGAGAUGGAUUUCUUAUUCCAUCUCUUCCUGACAACUAGCAGGGGACCGAUCCGAUGAAGAAAUAUGCCAGUGCCGUGUUCCGUGAACUUUUGUCCCAAGCUCUACAUGCCUUUUCACUGUAUACAUGCUGUAAAUGUUAUUAUACUGUCAAGUGUUAACGUUAAGUUCAAUCACGAGUGAUGUUUCACAUUGUAACGAGGAGAAAUGCUUGUUUUUCUGUCGGAGCAAUGCCAGUCCCUAACCAAUGGUAGAGAGGAUUUCUUCGGCAAAAUCAUUUGGACAAAGGGACAUUUUGUUUCUUUUUUUUUACAAUAGUUGUUGUAUUACUCUUUCUCUAGAUCAUUCUCUGUCAUUGUCAUUGCAUGAGCAUCGCAUUGUUGCUGCACACUGCCUGUUACUUUGAAAAUGUAGGGCAAUAUCGACAACGAAGCUGCAAUAUGAUGUGGAAAUAAGGGUUGUCCAUUUUACAACACUGUCAUCUGGUAUCGCCAAAAGACACACAAUAUACUACGUAUUUGCUUCAAGUCCAAAGAAAACCUUGGAAUAACUCGAGUAGAAAAUGAAAUAGCAAACACCAGUUGGCAAUCUAUUUCCAUAACAUAUUGAGGACAAAGCAAGUAGAGGUGUGAGCCACUCAUUGAAAGUGGGACCAAUGCAUGUAAUUUACCAUUGCACACAUGUAAAAAUAUCCUAGUGUCUGCAACAGCAAAGAGAAAAGCAAUUUACAUGGGGUGUCAUUUAAUGUAAAUAAUGUAUUUACCCGGCCAAAACAACUUUCUCUUACUGCCAAAUUCUUGCUCAAUCACAAAGUAGUAUAUGAUUCUUGACAGCGGCCAUCUAUGUGGAUUUUGGGACUAUUUGGAACUGUUGCUUUUGAUGAUGAUGAUGAUGAUAUCUGACUGGUAGAGAGUGGCUGCCUUCACAAAGAAAGGGCUUCCUGAAAAUAAAAAAGUUUCUCACAUUUCUCA